AGUACAGCCCCACCAUCACCCCGCACUGCUCGGACGUCGCUCAUUGAUGACGUAGAGGGACAAUAUGGCGGACCCGAGGAGGCGUAGCAGGUUUUCAACAGCAGUGAAUCCCACUACAUCUGAUUUAUCCACCAUGGACUGCGAAGUUCUGACCACGGAGGACUGUAGUGGCAGUGAUGAAGAAUCCUGUGAUGUGAAAAGUGCCAUGCCUCCUGAAUUUAACAGUUUGUGGAAAUCAGCGAUGAAGAAGCCAUUUAAUUUCCAUACUUGGACUAAACUGGUAGCAUAUGCAGAAAGUGAGAAAAACUUGCCAGCAUGUAGAAAAGCUUAUGAUGCAUUCCUCACAUAUUUUCCACUUUGUCACAUCUACUGGAAGAAGUAUGCUGACCUGGAGCAGCAUCAUGGUAAUGAAGAAGAGACAGAAAAGAUCUUUGAUCGUGCUGUGAAGGACAACCCACUUAAUGUCAACAUGUGGACCAACUACAUUCAGUUCCUGAAGAAGACUAUGGACAUGGAUUUGACAAAAUCUAUUGACAAGUUACGAGGUGUGUUUAGGGAGGCUGUAAAUGCUUCUGGUAUGGAGUUUCAUUCAGAUGUGCUAUGGAGGAUGUACACAGAGUUUGAGAUUGAACAGAAGAACCUAAAAGAAGUUACUGUACUAUUCGAUCGAGUGCUUGCUAUUCCCACUCAGCUAUAUAAAACACACUAUGAGAGAUUUAGGACGUUUGUAUUCGCUUAUUCCCCGAUUGAAAUCUUGAAAACAGAGGAACUGGAUUGGAUCCACUCAAGAGUACAGAUUGAAAGUGACAAUGAUCAGAUCGCUGCUGAAGACUCAGAUGACUGUUUUGAGUCAUUAACAGAAUCUGAUAUAGCAAAGUUUCGGGAACAUAUACUCCAAAUUAGAGAGCAGUUGUAUAUCGUAAAUGAAGCAGAAGUUGAAAAGCGCUGGAACUUUGAAGAGAGGAUCAAACGGCUUUAUUUCUAUGCUAUACCAAUGAAUGCUAAGCAGCUGCAAAACUGGAGAGAUUAUCUGGAGUUUGAGGUGUCUCAGGGUCAGCAUGAGCGUAUAGUAUUACUGUAUGAGCGCUGCCUGAUGAGUUGUGCACUUUAUGAGGAUUUCUGGCUGUCGUAUGCACAAUAUAUGGAGUGCCAUUCAGUGGAGAGUGCCCGUUCUGUAUUUGAGAGAGCCUGUCGUAUCCAUUUACCAUUAAAAUAUGGCAUACAUCUUCAAUGGGCUGCAUUUGAGGAGAAGCAUGGAUGUUUGGACUCUGCCCGUGCCAUUUUGUGUCGCUUUGAAGAGAGAACACCUGGUUUAGCCAUUGUACGUCUGAGGCGUGUUGGUCUGGAACAGCGCAAUGGAAAUCUACAGGAGGCGGAAAGAUUGCUAAAGGAGGCUGUGCAGAUCAGUGCAGGCACAAAGUUAAAAGGAUUUUAUGCUGUGAAACUCUCACGACUAAUUCUAAAGCUCCAGAGAGACCCACACAAGGCAAAGGCUGUACUUGGUGAAACCAUUAAGAAGUAUCCGGAUAAUCCCCAUUUACAUAUGUGUAUGCUGGAGAUUAAGAUGUCCACAGAUGAGGCUGAAGAUGCUCCUCUGGUCUGUUUGGAAGAAGCUUUGAAAUGUAAACUCUCUGAUGAUUCAAAGAAGAUCCUAUCUCAAAAACGACUUGAAUUUCUAGAAGACUUUGGCAGUAGCCCAGCAAGCUGGAUAGAUGCCUACAAUGAACAUCAAACGUAUCUGAAGACAAAAAUAGAUGAUGGAAACAAAGAUAUAGUCAGGAAAGACUCAAUUUCUGAAGACUGCUACCCACCAGGAGUUCCGCCACCACCUAAAAGUUUAAAACAAGAAGUUCCUCCUGAGGAUAAGUCUACAACAAAUGCACCAGAACCUGCGAGGAGUCUAACAUCCAAUGUUUCAGUGCCAGGAAACGCUGCAACUGUAUCAUUUUUUUCAAAACCAAAUACUAUGACCGCCACUGUACAACCUUAUCCAAGUAGUAAUUACUAUAGCCCACGACCAUUAUUUGCACCUAAAAGACCAUAUGGCCCACCUCAAAAUGCACCAAUGCAGCCUUUCUUCAAUCAAUAUUCAGCACCAAGAGAGUUUAAUCACUUCAAUCAAGGCAUGAUCCCUCCUCCACCUCCAGGCCCUUAUAGUGGACCCCCUGCACCACUUAUGGACAAUUACAGGAUGCGGUUUAACAUGCCCCCUAUGUUUGGCUAUGGACCAUGGUUUCAGAACUUUGGAGCUCAAGGUUGGAACAGAUUCUUUCCACCCCAGUGAUCCUGCAUUAUUCUGUUCACAAGAAGGUGCGACCAUAUGAUAACACCAAUGAGAAGCUUAAACUCUGCUGUGUUAAAAAGACAACCAAUUACAGUUCAUGGUGUUACAUUUUUUUGUUUUCAGCUGUAAUUGAAGUACACUUCCAUGGAGAUAAAACCAGGCACAAAAAGGAACCUGAAUUUGGAUAGCUAAGAGUUCCCUGGAAGUGGGAAAUGUAACACUGUUAUACAAAUCUCAAGUUCAGUUCCUGAGUUUGAUUUUGGCACCACCUGCUCUUGGACUUUUGUAUUGGUCAGUAGUUAUGGCUUGUGACCUUUGUUGGCAAAUUGUGAUCUCUACAAGGGCGAAAAGCUCCAUUCAGGGCUGAAACUGAGAUUUGCAUAACAGAGGGUUAAUCCAAUGGCUAGCAUCUAUCCGUAGGUGUGCUUUACCAGCAAAUUCUGCUGACCCGUUGGUACAUAUGCCUCUUUUUCUCAAAAUAUCAUGUACAGGCUUAAUUUACUAAGAAUUAUUACAUUUCAGUUUAUUGCCCUUUGUAAAUAAAUGUUUACAGUUAAUGUCGUUUUAUUAAUUUUGGAACAAUAAAUGACUUAAAUGAA